GAAAACUUCGAAAGUGAAAGUAACUGGUAUUCAGCUCAACAGUGCCGAUGGACAUGAGGCAAUAUAUCAAAUGCAGUUCCUUGUUCUAGGCUUCUAGCUGUUGCAAAGAUCAACGUUUAAAGAAUGAAGAAAAGGUACAACAUGCAUGUAUACCACCAGAUUCCAUGAAUGAGUGACUGUGGAGAAAUAUCACAUACCAGGUAGAUUAGCAGGACGACUUAAUCAGCAGUUUACUUAACAACACUGAAGAAUGUCUGGGGAUGGCAGAUACAAUGGGAGUGGUCUCCCCAUGUUCCACUUACGCCGGAUUGGUCCGCCUGCGACAAAGCCCAGGGUGGCUGAUAUCAUGGAUUUUUUUGAAGUCACCACUAUGAUUGGGAAAAGUGCUCAGUCCACCUAUAUAAUUGAUUCAGCAUCAGAAAUGCGUCGUAUGUACAUUUCCCGAAACCAUGCAAGAGUGGUGAUACGAACUCCGAGCAAUAAUCACAAACUGUUUGAUGACAGUAUGAAUGGUGUUUUUGUCAACAACUUGAAAAUUCUACACAAUGUGGUGUUACAUGAAGGGGAUAGAGUGACGUUUGGCCAUCCACAAGGUGCCAAAAUCCCAGCUGGAAUACGGAAGCUCCAGCCUGACUCUGAAUAUCAGUUCUUGUUUGAAAAAUGCAACUGUCCAGGUCAGAUGAUAGUGAAUCAUAGACCUUCAGAUAGUCGUUCCUUUGUUGUACCAGAAGUUCCAGUGCAUGCUGGUAAAUCCAGUGCCAAGAAGCGAGAUAGGAAUACCACCAAGAUGCUAACGACUAAGGAUGUGCUCAAACUUAAAGAAGAGUAUGAACAGAAAUCAUUUAAUCAUCCAUCGACUAUCCCAUCUGAACCUAGCAAUCGUGAUACAGUAAAGAGUCGACCAGACUCUCCUGCUCCUGAGGACACAACAGCUACUCUCAGUGUUAGCAACCGUCCACAGAUCUGUGAUACAGACACUUCUCACACACAUGAUACCAGGGAAGGGCUGGAUACAGAAGCAACAGCUUCUGAUAAUAAUACUUCACAUUCACAUCCUGUUGUGGAAUCGGCCAGUGUCUCAUCAGAACAGAUGGAUACAGAAUCCAGCGCUACAGCAGAACGGGAUGUUAGAGUGAAAAUCUUACCUGAAAAGAAAGAAAACAAAUUGCAACAGGAAGAAGAAAAGUGCAUUACAGAUCCUUCCGAGUGGAAUUCUGGUUAUUGCGGAGAAUUUUCUAUGAAUAGUGCUAAUCUCACAGAGCAAGAUUGUUUAGAGGGAAAUGGGAUUGAUCCCAGCAAAUGCUCCUGCUCUGAUGAGGACUUCCAAGACAGUGCUAGCCUAGACAGUGCUAGCCAAGACAGUGCUAGCCAAGACAGUGCUAGCCAAGACAUUGCUAGCCAAGACAGUGCUAGCCUAGACAGUGCUAGCCAAGACAGUGCUAGCCUAGACAGUGCUAGCCUAGACAGUGCUAGCCCAUCUGUAGAGGACAGUUUUGAAUUGGUUGCAAAUCUGCCAAAUAACGGUGAUAGCCAGUCAGGCAAAGAAACUUGUCCAUGUCCACCCAACACAAGUACCCCAAAACCGAAACAGGCAGUACAUAAGAGCCAAGUUUCACCAGAAGAUGGUAGAUCUGUAGAAGGAAAUAUCUCCAAGACUUCUGCUAUACUAAGGAACCUAACACAUGCAGGACAAUCAGAUCAAACUUCACAGAAGGAUGCAGCCAUUCAGACAUCUCCUCUUAUCCCUCUGGUUGAUGAACUUCCUGCCACAGAUUCACAGCGAAAAAGGCAGUAUUCUGCUGAUCAAGCACAUGAUGAAGAAGAAGAUCCCAUGGCUCAGAGUAUUGUAGCUGAUACCAUACAACAGACAGACAGGCUUCAAAGACGAGAUCUGGCUACUGAUGAGGGAGAUACAGAUCUCCAAUUACAUAUGUCUAGUGUAAAUAAUAACAAACAGGAUGAUCUGUCCAAUGUUACAGAAACAACUCCGAAAAGUAGUGGCUUAGAUGCAAACAUGUGUCUUCAAAAGAACCAUAAAGUUUUGGAGAUUUUUGAUCUUCAGCCAGAAAUUCAAGUGGAUUCAGAAGUUCAAUCAUGUACAAGUCAAUCGACAGAUUCGGCAGAAUGCCCAACAGAAAUUAUGAUUCAAAUUGACAAUCAAGACUACAACUAUGUUGGUAUGUUCGAAGAUUCAGACAUGGAUGAAAGUGAAUUUGCUGAAGACACCACAGCAGAGGUGUGCAUGGACACAUCAGAUAAUGUAGACAGGACUGAGCAGGUUUCAGACGAUGCGGACAGAACUGAAAUUGUUUUAGAUGUUGAUCCUGCAGAUGAUUUUGAUGAAACUUUAAAUAAGACAGGAGAUAUUUCUGUCUGUGAUGUUAAAAGAAUGGAUGAUGGACAAUUUGACAAGACAGAAACAGAACAGGACAUUUCAGAAGAUAUGGAUGGAAGUGACGUGGGACAAUUAGACAAGACAGAACAGAACAUUUCAAAAGACAUUGAUGAAAAUCAUGAUAAACCUGUUACCAAGUCUUACAUGUCUGACAAGGAUGAAGUUAAAGAACAAAACUCUCCAGCAGGGGUCCAAUCUCAUAUCACAGAAGUAACUUGUAAUGGAAGACUUCUGACCAAAAUUGACUUUGCAGAUUCAGCAACACCAGUUUUAAAUGAAGACAUAGAUUUACCAGAGGAAAAUGUGAAAAAUUCUUCAGAAAAUUCAGAAAUGGAAAAAGAAGUUGUGUCUCUUGUUUGCAAGUCUGCCUAUAGUACAAAUCAUGAGGUUGAAACAGAUGUUGUCAAGGAUGAUUCUCCAAAUUCUGUGCAGGAAAAUCUAGAAAAGACAUUCAAUGAUGAAGAACUUGAGCAGCUUGGAGGGUCAGCAGACAAACACAAUACCAAUUCUUUUGACAUGGUCAUAGAGGAUGAAGAUGAUGAAGCAAAAGUCAAUAAAGAGAUAUUUAAAGAUGUCGACUCUCCAAUCCAGGCAGUAGAACAGAUCAAGAAUGAAACUAAUAUACCAAUUGUGGUUGAUGUCAAUCCCAGAUCGGCAGAUGAUUCUCACCCUUGCUGUCAAAGAACCAGAUGAUCCAUUUGACAAAAUGUUGUCCUGUCCGAACGAGUAUGAUCUAGAAAAUAUUGUGAAUGUAGGUGAAGGC